AUGGCGAGUGAUACAUCUUCAAUGGGUGCCAGUAAACGCACAUCAGCAACUCCUGGUCUGCGAAAUAGCCAGAUAACACGACCUGUCUCUCCUCAUACACCACAGCCACGUUCGGGAAACCCCUCGUUUGCCAGCAGCACAUCACCGAGCUCCUCCUUUCGAAGCGAAGACGAUGCGAUCAUAUUUGAGAUAGGCGCACGAUGGCUACGCGCAGGUUUUGAAGGAAGCAGUGCACCAAUGUGUGUGGUUGGCUUUGGACCUGAAGACUCGCGGAGAGCGGGGGACUACCGAGGAUGGAUCGAAGGCAGCAUCGGUGCUGCACGGCUACCGCAACCUGUCGACAUGGAAGAGUGGACACAGGCAUAUGAACUGUGGCGGCUAGAUUCUCGAGAGGUUGAUCUGGGACUGGUCGAGGAUAAGAUCGAGCGCGCGAUUCGGGAGACAUACAACCAGUUCCUGUUGACAGAUGCAGGCACAUCUCGCCUGGUCCUUGUCCUGCCUUCUCUUAUGCCGCAUCCACUACUAUCUUCAUUACUGUCGACCCUAUUUAGUCGCUGGCGCUUCCAGAGUGUCACUCUUCUGUCUGGUGCGACCAUGUCGGCUACUGCUGCGGGAUUGCGGUCAGCUUUGGUGGUUGACCUUGGCUGGGCCGAGGCCACGGCAACGGCGAUCUACGAAUACCGAGAGAUGACUACGAAAAGAACGACACGGUCUAUGAAGCAUUUGAUGCAAGAAAUGGGGCUUCUCCUUACUGGGCUGGCUUCCGACGGGAACCAUGAUACGGAGACUGCGGAUAAGAUCUCUGUUGGAUUUGCGUACUGUGAGGAAGUGGUCAGUCGGUUUGCCUGGUGCAAACCACAGACAGGAGAAGAUACAAACUUGGAUGAACCCGACCGGAUAUUGUCGAUUCCUUCGCCCGCAAACCCCGAGGAAGAAUACAUGGACGUGCCGUUUUCGCGUCUAGCUGACCCUGUGGAGAAGGUUUUAUUCGCACCAGGUGUCCCAGAACAUGAAUUCGACGACGAAGAAAAAUCCCUGCCUUUGCUUGUCUAUAAUACCCUGCUAUCACUGUUUCCUGACGCGCGAGGAACAUGCAUGUCCCGCAUUGUCUUUGUGGGCGGGGGUUCGCGAAUUCCUGGGCUGCGGCAGCGGGUUCUUAAAGAAGUCUCACUCUUGAUUGAUCGCCAUGGAUGGAGUCCAAUUAGAGGCAAAGCACUCGAGCGACAGCGACAGAGACUGGAGGAACUGAGACUUUCAGCCCGAAAACCUUCUAACGAACCUGAAAGUCCUAAGAGCAAUGGGGAUGCACCAUCUACUGAUGACGAACCAGCCGACCCCUCCAAGGAAGUGCCUGAGAUCGAUUUUGUGGAACAAAAGCUCCGCCGACAAAACAAAGAUAUCCCAGUUCCUAUCCAAGGAGUCUUGCGCGAAAUUGAAUCUCUUGGUCCAUGGGCAGGUGCAAGUCUGACAACUAGUCUCAAGAUCCGGGGAAUGGUAGAGAUUGAGCGAGAGAAAUUCUUACAGCACGGACUCGCUGGAGCUACACGAGACGUCGACCAUCCUGUUCCCGAUCGUCGGUCGGGCUUAAAAUCUGGUGAUCGGUCGAGUUGGACACUUGCUGGCUGGGCAUGA